AAAAGCAUGUUGGCCAUCUUUUUUUUUUUUUUUUUUUUCAUUACUUGUCCGGUUUCCCACAGUUACAACAAUUGUUUAAUUCUAAGCAGCAAUAGCCAAUAUUUAAUUCAUUUUUUCAUACUAUUAAAGAUAUGCCAAAGGUCCUAAGAAAGCUAAACUUUUUCAAUUAGAUCAUCCCUUUUUUUUUUGACGACUAUAGCACCACCAUGUCUAUUACGUCUUUUCAUUAUUAUUCAACCAUGGUUGAGGUUAGACAUCUAUUUACCCCCAUUUCUUUAUCGUUUCAUUUGACUCUAUCGUCACUCAUUUUACUCAACUCAAACGAUUCAUUUUUGAGAUUAAAAUCAAGAGGAUACCAACAUUUGAAAGGCAGGGCGUUAUUCAGUUCUUCAAACAUGAUUUUUAUAUGCCAUUUAUCAAAAGUCUUGAUUUUUUUUUUCAAACCUUUGUUUUCAUAUCCAUCGCACCUCUUAUCUGGAAGAACUUGUCGCUCUUCAUUACUACUACUACUACUACUAUUCUCCUUCUUGUGCAAACAGGAUGACUGUACAGGCUCGUUUAAUGGUGUGCAUCAUGGGCGACCCAGAACGUACUGAAAUGAAAAUAACUCCAGAACGAAAAAAAAUAAAGGUGCCAUAUACUUUUCUAAUCAACAAAUAAGCUUAGAAAUGGUUCAUCAUCAUCAUGGUCACCAUCAUUUAUUAGAAUAUGAUAAUUAAUACAAAAAGAAAUGAUCGGUUGAAAGCUCUUACACUAAAAAGGAAUACCAG